AUGGCAAUCAAUGAUUUCCUCAAACUUGCGCAUUCAAUCCCGGAAGUCCUGAACCAGGAUGUGCUCAUCAAAUUAUCGAGUUUCUUGCUUUAUGCACCCCGAUUCAAGAACGACAUCCUCCUUGCCCAAGCAUCAAACUGGCCAACUACUGAUCCACCAAUGUUUCUGCCUCAAUCCAUUCUGCACCUCCUGUCUAAUCUAUGCGAAAUCGACACGGAAUCAACGCAUACUUUAUGGUCAUACCUCAAGGACACCGUGUGGGGAUACGAUGAGAAAGCAAAGGUUGUGGAUGAAAGGUUCAAGUUGUUUGGGAAAGACCUUGGUUAUACAUUUUCUAAAGGCCUUAAGCUCCAGAAGGCAGACCAAACACAAGGCGUACUCUACACUUUGGACGGUGUUCGCCCAGUCUGGGUGAUAAGAUUCCAAUGCGAAGGGUGUCAGACAGCCUACUACCACAACUAUUCCGUAAAGAAUGGCAUGCGAAACUACUACGACAAUGCAAUACCAGAAAUCAUUCAAGUUGGAGAGCACCAAUUCGUUGAGCUGAAGGUUUUACACAUGUGGCGCGCUGAUACUAAUAUCUCAUGGAAAUCUUUUACAAACUGUGCUCGUACAUAUGAGGUCGCACUUGCGGGACCCAGUGGCAAUGGCCUUCCUUCUGACUGGAAAUUCAAAGCUGCACUCAAAGGUGAUCACAUACAAGACGGAUUUACGAUCCUAUCUCUGCUUGAAGACCAACGCGAACGAACUAGUACCUUGAUAGUACCUCACACCGGAGAGCAAACGGAUCGGUUCACGGAGGCUAUCAAAGCGCGAAAUGCUCGCAUUAAACUAUACGGACAAAAAGAAAUCUCGCACCGGUGCAAGAAGUGUACAUGUAUCUAUGCUGCUAAAGACGGUGAGCCGGCUAUGUUUGUGUGGGUCGCCGUGAUGGAUGGAAUAACGUUGGGACACAACUGUUGUGCUGUCCACAACUGCCAAACUCCAUUGACCACCUCACGAGAUCGUUACUGUGCAACACACCGUAACCUGAGUAACAUCUGCGCUAUCAAGAAAUGCAACGAACCUGUUCUCGAAGGCAAAAGGACCUGCCAACACCCAGAUCACCGGGAGGUUGAGCGUGUGUACAUCUUGAGAGGCCAAUCUCGCGUCCAGCUUCAGGAGAAGUUGAAGCGUCAACGUGUAUCACAUCUCAAUGAUGGAAUAGCUGAAGAGGUUGAGGUUGGGGAGCUUAUUGAUGGUGACGUGGAGGAGGAGGAGUUUGAGGUAGAUGAGCAGGACCCAAACACGGUUCAUGGGAUCAACGAAGACAUUUCGGAUUUGCGGGGUGCCUCACCUCCAUCAGGGGGGAGUCCUACGAAGAAGAGAAUCUCAGCGCAAUUUGGGAGACGGAGAACUCACAAUGACAUAAUUCUCGCACGCGAGACGUUUUAUGGGGCAGAGGCGGUUGCAACAUGCGCGGAAUUUGUGAAACGUACAUUCAGUAUUAACCAUCAAAAGCCAAACCAUUUGUUUUUCGACAACAACUGCUCCCUCUCGAAGCACGUCAAAGGUGACCCCUUCUUCAAUGACAUGGGACUCACGGUGGAUGUAUUCCACUUCAAUUGCAAGCACUCAGUCAAGGACAAGUAUUGUCAAAGCAACUGCAACCCGGUUGACUAUGCUGAAUUGCUAGAGGAAAAUGGCAAGGGUUGGUAUUUUAAUUCUUCCAUUGCCGAGCAGACCAAUGUGUGGUUAGGGGGAUUCCACUCAAUUCUUCGCGAGAUGCGAGUCGAUCGAUACAAUUUUUUCCUCGACACCAUGAUUCUACUUCGAAAUGCGAUGACCCGUGAUAAGCUCCAGAAGGAUGGUCAUUUUAUUACAGAAACGGGCUAUACAGCACAGCCUGCUUGGCCUCAAGCGUCGCUUCUUGCCACCGCUGACGGUGAUCAUAUCAACCCAUCGGCCGAAGUGAUCUUCGAAGAGUGA